UCGAGUAUGAUCUUCCAUUAAACGAAUAAUAAUUCCGAAGUGCGGGAAAACUGACAGUUUUUCCCGCGUAUAAUCUUGCACGUAUGAAUACUUUCUGCUGCUGUGUAGCAAACAGUGAUUUCAUGUAGUUUCAUAAUGAAUUUGGUGCAUUCUAUUGUAGAACGUGAAAAAGGAUGCGCAUCAAUACGUGAUUAUGAUAUCGCUCUACACCGUUUAAAAUGUUAUCAAGAUGACGUCUACCGUGGUAUAUCGCCAAACACAAAUGCUCUGGAUUUUAAUCCAGAACCGCCGGUUUUUGCUUGUCGAUUUUGUACUACAGAAGGUUAUGAACAAAUAAUUGCUUUAGCAAACGAGGAUGGGAAGAUUGCUUUGCAAGAUAUAAGUGUCAAAAAAGAGUCAAAUCAACCAUUAGAAGGAACACAGGCACAUUGUAAUGCAAUAUUUGAUGUUGCUUGGAUGCCAGGAGAAUUAAAACUGGUCACAGCCUCUGGAGAUCAUACUGCUAGACUAUGGGAUGUAUCUGGAUCUGAAAUAAAACAAAUUGAUUAUUUUCAUGCUCACACAAGAAGUGUUAAGACUGCAGUAUUUCGUUAUCAGGACAAAGCUGUGUUUGCAACGGGAGCUAGAGAUGGUGCUAUAAUGAUAUGGGACAUUAGAGCCAAUCAUUAUGAGCGUCCUAAACCAGAUAAUUGUAUAUCUAAUGCACAUAAUGCUGGCACCAUAGGUAAUGUAAGGCAACGUAGGAUAAUUAAUCAAGCAUCUAGAGCACAGAGUAUCACUGGCUUGGCAUUUCAAAAUGAUUUUACUUUACUUUCUUGCGCUGCUGGGGAUGGUUUAAUAAAGGUGUGGGAUCUACGUAAGAAUUACACUGUCCAUAAAAAGGAACCUUUAGCUAAACAUACAAUGAAUUACACUGGACAUAGUGCAAGAAAUGGAUUUUCAUCUUUGUUAAUAUGUCCUGCUAGAAUUACAUUAUAUGCAAGUUGUAUGGAUAACAUAAUCUAUGCAUAUAAUAUAUCAUCUUAUAAUCCUAAACCAAUGGCAGAAUUUUAUGGACAUCAAAAUUGUACAUAUUACGUUAAAACAUGUCUAAGUCCCGAUGGCCGUUAUAUUGCUAGUGGUUCUAGUGAUGAACUUGCAUAUAUUUGGCACACAAAUAAACCAGGACCACCAAUUGUGCAAUUAUCUGGACAUACAGAGGAAGUUACUUGUAUUGCGUGGUGUAGCGUCGGAGAAACUAAGAUAGUGACAUGUUCCGAUGAUUCGUGUCAUAGAAUAUGGAGAGUUGGUUAUGAACAUAAAAUAGAAAAUGAGGAGGUCGAAAUAUGUGGUCAUGCAGAAGUGGUUCGUAAUAGAAAUCCUCUAGAAAAUCUGAAAUUAGAAACUACACCAACUAUUACUCGACGAUGGGUUGCAUCUCAAGAAUGUACUCCCGGAUCUGAUACUACUCCUAAUGCUACUCCCGGACCUAGUUCAUCAGAUAUUCAAAGUGGUGAUUAUCAAAAUUUAUGCAAUGCUAGUAAUUCGGUGAAAAGAAGUUACUCGCAAUUAAUGACUGGUGGGUCAUGGUCAGAGGGGAAAUUUAAAUCCGUUUUGUCACCUAUAAAAGAGAAUUAUGAGUUCAUCGCAAAACGAGCCCAUCUAGAAAAUCGAGGUGCACGAAGAUUAUUUAGUCCUGGUAAUGAUAGUAAUCCAUUAUUGGGCAAAGUUCAUAAAUACGACGAACCAAGCACAAGUUCAUCUAGUAUAGAAAUUAAAAAUAACGAAAUUUACUUUUCUCCUACAUCAAAUCUCCCAAAUUUUGUAAUUGACGGUACAGCGCCACAUUUGCUUCAACUUUCUCCAGAAAAGUAUAAAGAAAAUAUUGACUGGUUAACGAGAAUACGGAAAGAAAAGUAUGAACAGAAAACGAGAAAAACGUUGUCAGAUAAAUUAGCUAGUCCUAGUUCUCACCCUACACCAAGCAGAAGAACUUCCAGAUCACGAUCAACAGAACCUCAAAAAGUAUCUAAAAUGUCUAAAAGUCCGGUUCCUUCAUUGCUAAACUUUUUUAAAAUUGCUGGAAAGGACUGUGAAUCAAGUGUAUGUUGCGAGGGUAGUAAAGUAAUAUCUUCUACAAAAUCCUGAAAGUAAUUUCAGGUUUUGCUGUUUAUUAGACUGUAUUUUAUUUAUCUCAAAUUUUAUACACAUUUAUUAGGUAUGGAAUCUAUAAAUUGCAUUCGAAGUGUUAACUAAUGAUUGCGAUUAAAAAUUCAGCGCGCUUUCUGUUGUUAUAAUAUGGUACCUUAUAAAACAGUGAAAUUUGUAAGAUUUAAAAUAUAAGGUAUGACAUUUGACAUAGUAUAAAAGUAUUACAAAAUAUGUAAAAAUGAAUUAUAUACUCAAAUGUGUCAUAUUCUUAGUAAUAGCAUAGGAUAACUUUUAUACAG